GGGUUAAUUCAGAGCCAGUCGAUGCUGGGUGUUACACAAAACCAGUUUAUUGGUUGCAUAUUAUCUUACAAGAUAUUUUAGUAUAAUAUGUAAUAUGUAAUCAAUAAACUGGUUGUGUACGUGUGUGUCAGAUGUAUUAAGCAAUUGGAAAGCACCCAGAGAAUAUUCGAUUGUGCGCUGUUGUGCGCAUUUCGAACAGUAAUCUAUCGAGCAAUUGAAACGCCCAAUCAAAGAAGCGAGUAGUUACUUGGACCAAUAACCUUGGGCCUUUAGGACUUUCGUCCUUAUCCAAUAUUGAGAAGAAGAAGGUACUUAUUUGGUUAGGUCUCCAUAAUACAACACUCUUGGGCGUUCGCGAGGUAAACAUGGUAGAGGAAAUUCAAAAAAAACUUCAAAAUGAAGUUGACAAAUUAAGGCAAGUCCAAAAAGACUACAGCAAGGCAGUAAACAAGAGGCAACAAUUAGAUGGGCAACUAAACGAGAACAUCGCGGUUAAGAAAGAAUUGGAUCUUCUGAAACAGGACAAUGAUGUGUUCAAAUUAAUUGGACCAGUGCUUGUGAAGCAAGACUUAGACGAAGCUAAACAAAAUGUUAUCAAGCGUAUGGACUAUAUUGCGGCUGAAUUGAAACGUAUGGAGGAUCUGAUUGCUACCUUGGAUAAGAAAAUGGAUACUCACAGAGAGGCACUCGAGAAGAUACAGCAAACAUUUCAGCAAGCUCAGAUGAAAGCGUCGCUCUCCCAACAGAAAGCAUAACAUCACAGUCACAAUAGCUUUGUGAGAUUAUAUUCAAUCGUAUAAUUAACAUUUAAAUAUCAACACUUGUUGAAGUGUAAUUAACGUUUAAUGUUUAAGGUCAACAACGUCCCUCGCUGUAUGAGCAAUGUAAACUUUCUGUUUUAUUUAUUUAUACUACGCAACGUUUAUUAAUAAUGAGUCACCCAGCUAUAUGUAUCACAAUAACUCAAACACAAUCUGUUGAAAUUGAAAAUUAUGUGAGAAUAUGUUUCAGAGAAUAUGUUUUCUUCUCAAUUCUUUUGUAUCAAUAAAUGCAUUAGCAGUUAUUUUAUGAUAAA